CUUCUCUUUUCUUGUAUAGUUCUCAGAUUUCCUCUAUUUUCCCUCCCAAAACAAAAGAAAACAAAACAAAAUGAUGAAGAGCAGUGAUCACUCAAGCAUUAAUGUAGCAGAGUCGAGCGGCGUUGAAAAAGGCAAAGGAUCACUCAUUGCUACAUCCAGGGAGCAAAAGAAGGGAUUCAAGAAAGGGUUGGGUAUUUUGGACUUCCUUCUGAGACUAGGAGCCAUUAUUUCAACUAUAGCCGCCGCUGCCACCAUGGGAACCAGUGAUGAAACUCUUCCUUUCUUCAGUCAAUUCUUCCAGUUCGAAGCCAGUUAUGAUGAUCUUCCCACACUUAUGUUUUUUGUGAUCGCAAUGGCACUAGUUGGCGCAUAUCUCGUCCUUUCCCUUCCUUUCUCCUUAGUUACCAUCGUCCGCCCUCACGCAGUUGCGCCGAGACGCCUCCUUUUCAUUUUGGACACUGUGGUAUUGACUUUAGCAACGGCUGCCGGCGCAGCGGCAGCAGCCAUAGUCUACUUGGCUCAGAAUGGGAACCCGAACACAAACUGGCUAAGCAUCUGCGACCAAUUCGGUGAUUUUUGCCAGGGUGUGAGCGGCGCUGUGGUGGCAUCGUUCUUUACUGUUCUGGUUCUCAUGUCGUUGAUUCUUCUGUCUGCUUUUGCCCUUAAAAAGCACUGAAACUAUAAAAGAGAUUGCUGAAGAGAACAAGCAUGAGCGAUCGAUAUACAUUUAUCACAACUUGAUAUAAAGCUAUAUAUUUCAUUUGGCAUCAAUCUACCGUCAUGUAAAGCUAUAUGUUAAAAAAUUUUAGUUUAUAAGAUUAAAGAAUUAAUGAAUUUGUCUUGAUUCUUAUUUAGAAGAAUGAAAUUCUACUAAGGUUUGAACA